UGGGUUUCACAGUGUACAGUAUGUAUCCCCACCAGCAUGAACACUAAUGCUUUAUAAAGAGCGUCUCUCUUGUUGGUCAGGAUGAAUUUUGGUUCGAAAAGCAAGAAGCGGAUGGUGCUGCCGACCCGCCCCGAUCCGCCGACCGUGGAGCAGAUCACGGAGGAUGUGAACCGAGCCGAUCCUCACGACCCCGUGUUCACGGUUUUACCAGAUUCUGCGGAAGAUCUGAAGGCCAGUUCUAGCAACAGUGAAGUGGAGGUGAGAUACCUGCAGAGCAGACGUUACAUAGAGCUGCACGAGCGAUUGCAAGAAGAACGUGGCAAUCUGGCACGGAGGAGAGAUGAGCUGCGUGCGGCCGGGGAGUCUUUGGAGCACAGCGUGAUGGAAGUGAAGAGGAGCGCACAGUGACAACUCCCAUAUAUCAUGUGAACUUGAGAUUUGCCAAAUCAGUAGCUGAUGUCACUUUACGGAAGAGCCUUUCCUCUUGCUAAGCUGCUGUUAGCAUUUAGGCUCAGACAUUUUAAUGCUAAAAUCCAUCACUUCCUUAUGUUUGGGAUAUGAUUUGUGACAAAUCGACUUGGUCAAUGUCAAUGUGCUGUGUGUGUUCAGCACUGUGUAAGUUGUGCAGUCUCAAUGUAUUUUUCAUUAUUUAAUUUUAAUUUACAAUCUAAUUUUCACAGUCCAAGCUUCUUGAGUUUAUUGAUGACUGGAAUAUUCCAGUUUAUUCUUUGCAGCGUCAUUUUCGUUUGUAUUAAAUGGAGUUUAAUUGCCUGAUUAAGGUUUAUUGUCCAUGCAAAAAUCCUUAAUUUUAAAAUGUAAAGUGAUUUCUGUGUUAUUAGGGCAUUGGUUCUCAAGCUGUGGUCUAUGAUUGGCUGGUAAAAAACUCCAAAUCUGAAUUCAUAAAUUUACUAAUAAACUCAGUGAAUUAA